AUGCAUCACCAGUCAGAUCGCGGCUCGCAUGCUAUGGAACUCGACCCGUCGGAUGCCGACUCAGCAUAUGAUGGCUCGAUAAGCAAUCAGAGCUACACUGAGAGCAUCACAUCUACUUCGUUUGAUUACCAAUAUGAGCCCAACGAUGAGCAAGAACAGGACCGUCUUGAUCUAAGUCAUCAUAUCUAUUUAAUGCUGCUCAAAGGGGAGCUAUGUCUGGCACCAGUCAAAAAUCCAGGUCGGGUAUUAGACCUUGGGACCGGGACUGGAAUUUGGGCCCUUGAUUUUGCAGACGAUAAUCCCGACUCGGAAGUCAUUGGUAUUGAUCUGAGUCCCAUACAGCCCGCAUGGGUACCACCGAACUGCCGGUUCGAAGUGGAUGACUUUGAAGAAACAUGGACUUAUAGCCAAAAAUUCGACUAUAUCCAUGGACGAGAGAUGGAAGGCAGCAUUCGUGACCACGAUACAUUAUUCGAGCGAGCGCUCGAAAAUUUGAAUCCAAAUGGCUGGUUGGAAAUGGCCAGCAUGGAGGUGAACUCUUACUCAGAUGACGAUACCCAUCUCCAAGCGCCAAAUAUACUAGAAAUCGGGAAGAACCUGCACACAGCUUCAAAACUUUUCGGAAAGGAUAUGUCAUCUAUAUCAAGCUGGAAAGAGCGCAUGGAGAAGGCAGGAUUUGUCAACGUCAAAGAAGAAAUACUCAAGCUCCCUCAAAGUCCAUGGUCCAAGGACCCAAAGCUCAGAGAGCUCGGAAAGUACCACCAGCUGAACAUGCUUGAGGCUAUGCCUCCAUAUAGUUAUGCUCUGUUCACUCGCUUGCUUGGCUGGAAUCGCGUACAGAUCGAAGUACUGCUAGCAGGUGUACGUCGCGAGCUUAAAGACCUUUCGCUUCACCUUUAUACAAACGUACACAUUAUCUACGGGCAAAAACCUGGAUAA